AUGGCCAUUGCCAUGGGCUGGCAGAAACCCGACAAUGUCGCGGGCUCGUCGGCCCCGGCCAUCAUGGUCGGUCUCUUCGUUGCCUCUGGCGGGUUGCUGUUCGGCUACGAUACUGGAGCCAUCAACGGCAUCCUUGCCAUGACAGAGUUCAAGGAGCAGUUCGGAAAACAUACAAAUUGCUUCGACGAAAACGGUGCCCUAGACAUUUGCACAAAAGACUCAUCUAUCAUAGUUGCCAUUCUUAGCGCUGGCACAGCCCUUGGUGCCCUGCUUGCUGCACCUACUGGCGAUUCACUCGGCCGUCGCAAGACACUUCUUUUGGCUGUUGGCAUAUUUUGCAUCGGCGCCAUCUUCCAAGUUUGCGCUUCAAAUAUCGACUUACUGCUGGUUGGGAGAUUCGUUGCUGGCGUUGGUGUCGGCCUUAUAUCCGUUCUCGUUCCAUUAUAUCAGUCUGAAAUGGCACCCAAAUGGAUACGAGGUACUCUCGUCUGUGCAUAUCAACUAUCAAUUACUUUUGGUCUCCUCUCCGCUUCUAUAGUCAACAUCCUCGCCUCUAAACUUAACAACUCAUCAGCAUACCGCAUACCUCUUGGCCUUCAAUUAGUACCUGCGGUUAUUCUCACUGGCGGCCUUUUAUUACUACCGGAGACACCCCGAUUUCUUGUUAAAAAGGGCCUUCAUGAAGCUGCCGGCCUCUCACUCAGUCGACUUCGGCGCCUCGAUAUUACUCAUCCUGCACUGGUCGAUGAAUUGCAAGAAAUGAUCGCCAAUCACCAAUACGAAUUAACAUUAGGUCCCGAUAGCUACAAAGACAUCUUCAUCGGCUCACCACACCUUGGUCGACGAACCUUUACCGGCUGCGGACUACAAAUGCUUCAACAGCUUACCGGCAUCAACUUCAUAAUGUAUUACAGUACAAGCUUCUUUGACGGUGCCGGCGUGGAGAGCCCAUACACUAAGUCGCUUAUCAUCAAUAUUAUCAAUGUUGUGUCGACAAUACCAGGCUUACUAGUUAUCGAGCGUUGGGGCCGACGAAAACUUUUGAUGAUCGGAGCCCUUGGCAUGGCUGGCUGCCAACUUCUCAUGGCGUCAUUCGACACUGCGACAGGACAAAGCUUCGAAAAGGCAUCUCAGACUAUCCUCAUCACCUUCUGUGCCAUCAACAUCUUUUUCUUUGCAGCAUCCUGGGGUCCUGUGGUGUGGGUUGUGACUUCAGAGAUUUACCCUCUGAAAGUUCGAGCAAAGGCCAUGUCCGUUUCAACAGCGUCGAACUGGCUCCUCAAUUUUGGUAUUGCUUACAGUGCACCUUUCUUGGUUGGUUCAGGACCAGGCAAUGCCGCCUUUGGUCCCAAAAUUUUCUUUAUCUGGGGCGCCUUUUGUAUUUUGGCUGUUUUCUUUGUGUGGUGUAACGUGUAUGAGACAAGCAAAAUCAGCCUGGAGCAGAUCGACGAGAUGUACGAACGGGUGAACCAUGCAUGGAACAGCAAAUCCUUCGAACCGAGCUGGAGUUUCCAGCAGAUGCUCAACGAUGGUUGGUCACCAAGCGCUCAACCUCCCGCUGGCCACGAACUUCAAGCGACAACAACCGCAUCAAGCGCAGACACAACCUUGGGUGACGGUGAUGGGUCCUCUAUCACCGUGAACCAAAACAACAACAACAACAACAACAAUAACGGUUCAUCACCUUGUAACAACAAUGACCAGAACAAGGGUCCACCGGCCAUGGCCAUGGCCAAUGUCGACUUCAGCUAUUAG